AUGACGAGGCCAAUUCGGACAAGUGUCCGAUCUGCCGCAAGGCGCAAACGCAGUGGCCCGAGCAGACCGAGGGACUUGUCAAGGCCCAUCCCUACUGUGAGUUGCAACAACAGCGGUUAUAAGACACUGCAAGAUCACACCACUAACGACUAUAUUUGGGCGUGGACAGGUACAAACUGCGGUAAACGAGGAUCAGGAGGACAAUUCUGCGACGGAUGUGGACAAUCACUAGCUCAUACCCCCACAGCUCAAGAACGCGCUCGGGCGGCGGCUGCAGCUGCGGCUGCAAGGAGCAACGUGGUGGUUGAAUGUCCCACGUGUCGGAUCCGCUGCCUUGUGAGCACCACAGCUCGAGGCACGCUGCAGUGCCCCAAUGGCCACCUCUUCCAGCUACGCAUGCCCCCAACCACGGGCAACUCGCAGGGACUUCGACAAAGCUUCAAUGGGCCAGGCUCGAUGACAUCAGGACCUAGGCCCAUCAUGCGCCAAUGCCCCACGUGCUACACGCGCGUGCAGAUGCCGCCAGGCAGCCAAGCCGGGCAGUACAUGUGUCCACAUGGACACACUUUCUACUUUUCCCCAUUCCAAUAG